AUGGCGGCUGUGGAUAUCCGAGAUAACCUGCUGGGAAUCUCAUGGGUUGACAGUGCCUGGAUCCCCAUUUUGAACAGUAGUAGUGUCCUGGAUUACUUUUCAGAAAGAAGCAACCCUUUCUAUGACAGGACAUGCAACAAUGAAGUAGUCAAAAUGCAGAGACUAACAUUAGAACACUUGAAUCAGAUGGUUGGAGUGGAAUACAUCCUUCUCCACGCUCAAGAACCAAUUCUUUUUAUUAUUCGUAAGCAGCAACGGCAGUCACCUACUCAAGUUAUCCCUCUAGCUGAUUAUUACAUCAUUGCUGGAGUGAUUUAUCAGGCACCAGACUUGGGCUCAGUUAUAAAUUCCAGAGUGGUAAUAUUUCUUUCUGUUUUUUCUAAGCUUACUGCAGUGCAUGGCAUUCAGUCAGCUUUUGAUGAAGCUAUGUCAUACUGUCGAUAUCAUCCCUCCAAAGGAUAUUGGUGGCAUUUCAAGGAUCAUGAAGAGCAAGAUAAAGUCAAACCUAAAGUCAAGAGGAAAGAAGAACCAAGCUCUAUUUUCCAGAGACAGCGUGUGGAUGCCUUACUUUUAGAUCUCAGACAAAAAUUUCCACCUAAAUUUGUACAGCAAAAGUCUGGAGAAAAACCUGUCCCAGUGGAUCAAACAAAGAAAGAUCUAGAACCUUUACCGGAAGCUGUCAAAUCUGAUGAGAAAGAGACUACCGAGCAUACCCAACAGACAGUAAGCACAAAAGGCCCCCCUGAGAAACGGAUGAGACUCCAGUGA